AUGGCCCCAGGUUCCACGGGUGCCCUUUGUUUACCCGCUGAACUCAACGUGAAGUGGAAGAGGCACCCGCAGGACAGCAGACGCGUCGUUUCGUUUCGGUGCGCGGCGCAGAGGACGCAGCCAGGUUCACGAGUGGAUGAGACCAGCUCCAGAGAGUUUACGAGAGGACAGAGUCGACUGUGGCCCGAAAUAAACACAGUUUCUUUGCCGAUUCAUCACGUCCAGACAGCCAUGGAGUGGGAACCAUCCCGGCCGGCGUCAGUUUGGGGAGGAAAGUGCGCGUUUUGGCUCUUGUCGGUGCUGUUGGCCGCAGCUGGAGCUAAAGUGGAGACGUCUCACCCCACACUGGAUAUUUCUGCCCUUCACCUGCACUACAGCUGCCCUGAAGGUGCAACUGCCAAACUGGUGUGCACCCAAAAAGGUGCCACCAAGUUCCCCUCUGACGUUGUGCGGCGUAGCUGGCUUUUCACAUCCGAGAGUAACCAACACUGCGUGCCGGGAAAAGGUCCGCGGCAUAUAAACAACCAUCUCCAUCCCAACCAGACAGCGGCAGUGGGACUGCAAAUUGGGCAUUCGCAUGAAAACAUGUGGGUGGUUCUGCAGAAUGUGACCUCUGAGGACCAGGGUCUUUACUGCUGUUUGCUCCUCGAUACCAAGAGGGAGCACAACCACCUGCACAUCAUGCAGAAGUCUCACAGCCAUAUUUUUCUCCAUGUUGAGCCAAAGGGGAAUGGGCGUAUAAAUUGCACCUUCUUGGAUCCCACAACAGCUGGUGGCACUGUACCUGUGACCCUGGCUUUAUUAGCCUGCAUCUUGGCCCUGCUCUCUCUGCCUCUUAUUCUUGUGCUGGUCUACAAACAGAGGCAGAAUAGCCAGUCAGGCCGACGUGCACAAGAGCUGGUGAGGAUGGACAGUGAGGCUCUUGGCCAUGAGAAUCCAGUGUUUCUCGGGGAAUCCCCACAAACAAAGACUCGCACUGUUUCCCAAAUCAUGACCAGGCAGUCCUCUGAGACACAUCGCCACUUGCUGUCCGACCCAGGAACCCCCCUUUCUCCCCCCGCCCAUGGGGAUGUAUUCUUCCCAUCUGAAGACACCAUCCUAGAGUCUCCUGACCUCCUGCAGGUUUAAAGAGCAGCAGAACCUCACUCUUUGAUCUAACAGCCGACUGUCUCUUCCUCUUCUCUCUGUUCUAAGAGCUUUCUUGUCCUCAUGAACUGUCUCACAAUAACCUCUGCCUGGAUUGUUGUCUGUACAUUGUCUGGACAGCAGGAAGGAGAAGGAUGGCAUUUUGAUUCGAAUGCCUCCACCUGCAACAACAGCGGGAGGCCAAAAGUGAACUUAAGCUGGAGCUCUGAAUAAUCCAAACGCAUACAACAGCUCCUAGACCAUCAGUACCUGUGUGUGAUGGUGCCCGCUGCCUGCGAGGACAGGGUCCUGCCAUGUGUAAGGGUGGAAUGUGAAGAAAAGGAUUAAGCUUUUUCCACACAGUUCAGGCAAAUAUAAACGUGUUACGUUUGGUAUAUUUAGGCUCGUGUGCAAUCUGAAUUUCAAACCCCAAAGAGCCCACUUACAGCGCACAGUUAUCUGAUGGGCCACACUCUUUUUCUGAAUCACGGCUGCUGCGCAAGAAGAAAUCUGGUAGAAAUGAUCCAACAACUGUCGUGCGUGAACGAGGGCAGGAGCAACACGUUGCAAAAUCAUGAGCAGAACCGAAACAUGAUUUCUUUUGUUCCUUUUUAAUAAACUAGAGAGAAAGUGGUCUCCUUGUAUCGUUUUGUUUGUGAGUCACAGAGUAGUAUAUUCCUCUGAGACUUGAUCAUCAGGGAAAUCACACCAAUCGCUAAGCAGUGAAGAAUAAAAAAUAAAAAAAAGCAUUAAUUUGUUUCUGUUUCUGCUCAGCUUUGUUUCUUUUAUCUCUUGCUCUCUCCUACCUCAAUUGCUGCCUGUUCUUACUUGCAUUUUUUUUCUCACAUUGAUUAAGUGAUGCACAAUUGCCAUAAAUACUCUCAACAAGUGCUCGAAAAAAAUGAAAAUACAUAAAAAAUAUUGUGCUUAUUUUUAAAGUUGUGUAAAAAAAAAAUUCAAGUCGACGAAUCACUGCCAUUACAAUACAGUUUUUCUUUGUAUUUCUUUCUGGAUGUCACUGUGGUAUCACAACUUGGUGUUAGGAUAUGUUCCUUUUUUGUGCAAUGCGGCUGGUAAUAAAAAAAAAUGUGUUUAGCAAAUUUGUGGCGGGACUGCAUGAAUUGGUAAUCAAAGACAUAAAAUGAACAGGGAGAGAAAAAGUCUCUCUGCAAAUGACUCAAACAUUACCUAGUCGAUGUAUGACUGUGUAAAACCACUGGUGGUUUAAUUUCAAACCGAGGUUGAUAUGUACAACAGGUGCUUCAUGGACACUGUGUCAACAAUGAGUAGCAUGUGUAUAGGACAGGGUAUUAUGUAAAGGCUAUCGGUUAUGCUUUGAAAGAGAAUUUGUCUUAUCGGGUGCCUUUGUGCCUCUUUGUAAGUAUGGUGUGUGUGCUUUCAAAUAUGAGAUGAAAGUUUUUGUUUGAUUUUUUAUGAAUUGAUCAGAGAUUCAUUAUAAAUAUGUGUUUAUAUGUGUGUAUGUUAACUUAAAGUUUUCAAUUUCUCUGUUUUACGUGUAAGAUGCUUUUAUCGUAGAAAGAUACAUUGAGAUCAUAUCUGAGCUUCAAAUCUCUUAAAAAAUGUCCUCUUUGUAUGUCCUCAAUUGUACAAAUAAAGAAGGACCUCUAACUCCAAA